AUGUCAAUCAUCCAUCAUCUAAUCACUGUACUAUUGUUUUGGUCUGUUGCAACCAAUGCUUCACCAUUUUAUCCUUAUCAAAAGAGACAAGCGGAUAAUACCACCGUUCCUAUGAAUGGGACUGGGUCUCCGGUCAAUGGUUCUUCUGGUGGCUUUAGUAACACUACCUCCAGCAAUUCUUCUUCAUCCUCUGUUGAAAUAUUUUUAACAUCAGGUAACAUGCCUUCCAACGGUUCUGCAAAAGCUCUAUUCAAUACAACUGGUACCUUGAACAUAACCCAAUUGUAUACUGUUAGUGAAGCUGUCAACAAAUCCCUACAAUCGUCAAGUGGUGGUAUUGUAAUUUUAGCCGACAAGAGUUCCUUUGAAUCUUUGUCUUUCUUCCUAUCCAUUGUCCUUAACACUGAAAAAGCUGUCGUCAUCACAAAUGACAUUCAAAUAGGUACAAUUGUUGCAAUGGAUUCUAAUUCCACAGGUCGUGGUGUAUUAUAUGUUGGUAAGAGUAAAAUUAUUUUUGCUGGUGACUUACCGCCAUUCGGUGUUCCAGUGGGUGUCGUUGGUGACAAUAAUGAGGCCUACUGGUUUUACAAUACGGCUCAAAAGAGUGGAAUGUUCUCAAUGAAUUCUACUUUAAGGACAACAUACUCUAACUUUACAAACCCAACUCUAAAUUCACAAGUGGCAGUACCAAUCGUGUACGAGGAAGGUAUUACUUCAAGUUUAUCCUCGGCUCUAGGUAGCUCUAGCGCAAUCAGUGGUAUGGUUAUUGUUAGUGAUAAAGUUGUUUCUAACGUUACCUCUCAAUCAACAACAUCUUCUAUGCCAGCUCCUGUAUUCCCAGUGAUUUGUGUUAAUCCACCAGGAAAGAUUUCUUGGUUAAGUGAGGCUAAUAUUCCAAGUUACGCUAUAGCUGGCGGUUACUUAUCUCCUGUACAAGCCCAAAUUCUACUAGGAGUUGCUGUGAACAACAACGUUACCAGUCCAGACUCCAUCAGAGCUCUAUUCCCAUAA